AAAUGCAUCAAAAAGCUAUUUUAAGACCUCCAUUUUCUGAAGUCACUUUCAGAUAGGUACAUUAAAGCAUUUCAAAUAACAACUGAGCAGUUAUGCAACAACGUAUUCAAGACUGAGCGAGAACAAGUGUGAAGGUUUACAAAACUGAAAACCCAAACUGAUCAAUUGUAAUCUGAAAAUCACACAUUAACCAGCGAUGACCUUUGUGUUUUCGUCCAGCAGGUGGAGACAGGAGCGUUGUGAUCAAAGAAUGGAGAGCUCUGGCUGGCAAGAUGUUGAAGAGCCUCCUGGAAGCCAAGUGUACGAGGUGAAGGUGGUCCAAAACACCACGGGCCCUCACAACUAUCCCUUUGCAGACGUCGCCCUGCUGCAGACCUUGAAGCCGCUUAUCAUCCCCUGUUACGUUCUUGUGGUGCUGGUGGGCGUCUUUGGUAACUACCUUCUGAUCUACGUCAUCUGCCGCUCGAGGAAGAUGCACAACGUCACCAACUUCUUCAUCGGCAACCUGGCCUUCUCAGACAUGCUGAUGUGUGUGAGCUGUGUCCCCUUCACGCUGGCCUACGCCUUCAGUCCUCACGGGUGGACGUUCGGCCGCUUCAUGUGCUACCUGGUGUUCCUGAUCCAGCCCGUCACUGUAUACGUGUCCGUCUUCACUCUCACGGCUAUUGCGGUUGACAGGUAUUACGCUACAGUGCACCCUCUGAAGAGGCGAAUCUCAAUGGCUGCCUGCGCUUAUGUGCUGUCUGGGAUCUGGCUGCUGUCGUGUGUGCUGGUCGCCCCCGCUGUGGCCCACACGUAUCAUGUGGAGUUCAGAGACGAGGGUCUGACGAUCUGCGAGGAGUUCUGGUUGGGCCAGGAGACGCAGCGACUGGUGUACGCCUACAGCACGCUGCUGCUGACCUACAUCCUGCCUUUAUCCGCAGUCUGCGUCUCUUACCUCUGCAUCUCGGUCAAACUCCGCAACUGCGUGGCCCCCGGACACCGAACGCGUGACCAGGCCGAGGCCCAGCGGGCACGCAAGCGGAAGAUCUUCAGGCUGGUGUCUCUAGUGGUGGCGGCGUUCGGAGUCUGCUGGCUGCCCAUCCACGUGUUCAAUGUCCUGCGCGACAUCGACAUCCGCCUCAUCAACAAGCGCCAUUUCCUGCUGAUCCAGCUCUUGUGUCAUCUGUGCGCUAUGAGCUCAUCCUGCUGCAACCCGUUCCUGUACGCCUGGCUCCACGACCGUUUCCGCACAGAGCUGCGCAAGAUGUUCACCUGCCACCGUCGCAUCGGCAUAACGGCCAACCAAUGCGCCACAGCGAGCGUCGUGCUAUGAUGCCUAUGAUGAUCUAAAUUGCCCACGAAAUGAAAAAAGAGUAUGUCUGGGUCCAAACCGACAUGCUGGAUGGAAACCCUUGCUUAAUUGAAGGACUGCAAAUGCUAACUUGAAUGAUUCCUUAUGUACAGUAUUGAGUUGAUUCAUCGCUAUUUAUUGAAAUAAAAAGAUGAUUGUAACCUUCAUGUUGUGCUUUUCUCAAAAAUCUGAGAAGCUUGAAAGGUUCCUCACAGCGAUGCCAUAACAAAAGGACCAUUUUUGGUUCCAUCAUGAACCAUUCAGUCAAAGUUUCUUUAAAGAACCAUCUGUUUCUUACCUUUGUAUGAUCUAAAGAACCUUCUUUCGCCACAAAGAACCUUUGGUGAAACAGAAAGGUUGUUCAGAUGUUAAAGGUUCUUUAUGGAACCAUUUAGACAGAAAAAGACAUUUGCAACCCAUUUUGCUCUGUAAUGUGAUGUUUUGUGAGUAAAAGGAUGUAAAAAAUAAAAAGGAUGGUAAUUAAUUUUAUUCAUCAGGAACUAAACGGAUGGUGAGAAGUUUCUAUAUAUGUGAAAGGUGGAGAUGUUGGUGACCUUAACUUAAAAAGGAAUUGAAGGGUCUGACCAAGAACAUCCGCUUUGCUGAAAGUUUACAAAGAAAAAAUAAAUCCAGAAACUUAAAGUAAACAGGGACAGUUUUGCUUUAAUUUAUUUUGACGUCAUUAAUGCCUCUUUUUUUGCCAAUUUCCUUUUCCAUUAGCAAUUUCCGGAUUUUGUGAUCAUUGAGUACACUAUAAAUGUGCAGUGCAAUAUGUGAGCACUCACAUGAUAAUCAGAGAUAUUAAAGUCUGAUUCAUAAUGAAAGCAAAGGGUCAAGCAUUUGAGUCAAACGCACACAAAAAGAAAAAAAAAUAUCUGUGCUUUGAGGAGAAAGCUUCUGCAAGUUGUUUAAAUUAUUGCAUGCUAUUCAUUAAAACAAAGAUUUGCAUUUAAUCAGUUGGCAUUUGUCAUAUAUAUUUUUUUUUUAAGUAAAUGUCGGUUAGCGGUCAGAUAAAUAUUGUGUGCUAGCCUCUCUAACGCAAUGACUUUCUAAUAUUUUCCAGUGUGCAAAUGCGUCAGACAUCAGAAUGCAAGUCGUCGACUGAGUUCUUGUCCUCAGAAGGGCUUUUGAUCAAAGCAGCAAUUGAUCUUACAACCAACAGCUCUCAUGAAGGACCAUACAAACAAGACAACAUGAGAAGAGGCACUUUAAAUCAUUGUGACUGCCACCAUUGAGAUCACACACCAGCGGGGCAUUUUAAAGUCUCGGACGCUAAUAAUAUGAUCAGGGUCUAGGAAUGAACGUCCCUGGAAUGAUCACCCAAAAGGACAAUAUGUUAAUAGA